AUGUUCUCUUUCACCUCGACCGCCACCCUGCACCAUGUCACGCACCUCCCGGCAUCCACAACCCUCGCGCGCGCCCUCGUGUGCCUGCACAACCACGACCUGCUCAUCCGGCUCGACCCGGAACUCGCGCACUACGAGACACUUCCCUCGCCGACUGCCGCCCCCGACACAAAGCGCUACAAGGUGACAGAUAACAUGCACACGCUCCCGAAGGGACUGUGGGACACGACGGUCACGUUCGAAGCAGAGAUCACGAACACAGAGGACGGCAUUGAGUGGGUGAUUCGCGCGCCGUUGGGGUUGGUGCAGACGACAACGUGGCGCGUUGUUAAGCGCGCGACGCUGGGGGAGGAGAAGGGCGCGAAUGUGGUUGACGGGGAGGGUGAGCUGAGUCUAGUCGAGGAUGUGGAGAUCAAAGCGAAUCGGAUGUUGGUGGGCACGGUGAGAGGGAAGUGUGAGGAGAAUUGGAGAGGCAUACAUAGCAGGUUUGUGGGCCAUUUGAAGGAGGAUGUGAGUUCGUAG